AACAACAAUCAUGUCAACCAACAGCGCAAAGCAGCCAUUAAAAUCUAUAAAUACCCAUACAAGAAUAGAUAACAAGAAAACAAAACAAUACGAUACAAAACAAGAAAAGAAAAGAAUUCAAUCAUCCUAACUUAUUUUUUUCUGAUAAAAUUUCUUCAUCUUUAACAUAUAUUCAAGGGUUUCGAUGGCAAGUCAUGAUGAGUUUAGGUUGGUGUCAUCCGCAAUAGCUCAUGAAGGAAAAUUACCAAGGAAGUUUACAGCAGAAGGACAAGGAGCAUCAAAGAAGAUGUCAUCACCACCACUAGAAUGGCAUAACGUACCCGAUGGUACUAAAAGUUUAGCCAUAGUUGUUCAAGAUCUUGAUUCAGACGUAAUACCUUGGACUGCUUGGGUUGUUAUUAACAUACCACCUUCACUGAAAGGUUUGCCUGAAGGAUUCUCAUGUAAAGGUGAAGAAUUAGGUGGUGACUAUGCUGAGAUUCAGGAAGGUAAUAAUGAUCAGAAGGUUCCUGGUUGGUGUGUGCCUAUGUUGCCGGAACCUGGACACAGGUUCGAAUUCAAGAUUUAUGCCUUGGAUGAUUUGAUGCAUCUUGGUAACAAGGUAACCAAGGAGAAGCUGAUUGAUGCAGUUGAAGGGCAUGUGCUUGGCGAAGCUGUUCUCCUCUCCAUUUUCUGAUCGAUGUUUUUUUUUUACUUUUAUGUCGAAAAGGAACCAAAGGAGCAGUUAGUUUCCAUGGUGCUGCUUUUGUUUGAAGAGUUGUUUCAUUCAUUGUAAUAUAUGUUUGUGCAAUGAUGAUUGAAUAGCAGGGUUGGUGAUCUUUACUCAAAAAUAAUAAUAAAAUUUUUGCUUAAUAGAA